AUGGCCAGCUUGUGCGAUGUCCUACUUCCCAUGUGCCCGCUGAACAAACACACGACUCACGUCAUUGACGCCAAGGUACUCAAUCGGCUGCGUCCCGACGCCGGUCUCAUCAACAUGGCCCGUGGCAAGGUUGUCGACACCGACGCACUCACGGCAGCCUUGCAGGAAGGCAAAAUCCAGUACGCGAUUCUUGAUACAACCUUCCCCGAGCCGCUACCAACCAAUCACCCGCUCUGGAGCAUUUCCAAUUGUUUCAUUUUGCCCCAUUUUGCCACCAACACU